AUGUCGGAAAUCAGUGAUGCGCUUCAAUAUGAGCCUAAGGCGGUAGUCAUCUUAUUGUUGCUGAUUAACUUUUGGAAUUUUGCGGGGCGAGUGUUAUGUGGUUUUAUAUCUGAAAAAUUAGUUAUGAAAUAUAAAGUUCCUCGCCCCCUUAUGUUAUCAACAAUUCUUUUUCUCUCAUGCAUCGGGCUGCUGCUCAUCGCGUCCCCCUUCAAGGAUUCACUGUUUUUGGCAUCAGCAAUCAUUAGUUUUGCACUUGGUGCACAACUGCCACUUGUUUUGGCCAUAAUUUCUGACAUUUUUGGCCUGAAGCACUAUUCCACUUUGUUCAAUUGUAGACAAAUGGCAGGUUCAGUUGGCUCAUAUUUGUUAACUAAGGAGCUCACUGGAAGCAUCUACGAUGCAGAGGCAAUGAAGCUGCAUAGAAUGGAGGGUUUGGGAAAGCCACUGGUUUGCCAGGGAAAAAAAUGUUUUGGCCUGUCUUUUACAAUUAUGGCCAUUGUGACAUUUUUUGGAGGUUUAAUUUCAUUGAUUCUGGCUGCAAAAACGCGAGAAUUUUACAAAGGUGAUAUACACAAAAGGUACAGAGGUGAUGAUGAGAAGACUGAGGUGGCAUCAUCUUUAGCUGAUGAAGUGGCAAUGGAAUGA